AUGCAGGUGAAGCGGAGUUUCUUGGAGGUAGUCUUCUCGGAUUCGAAUCCACGACGGCACUCGGUGACUGGCUCAAGGGAGAAGCAGACGCGUACAAACCUCGUCUUUGAGAAGGUAGGAGCGGUGGAAUUCCUCAACGUCUUCAGUCUCGUAGUUGUCAGCGGUCAUGAAUUCGUUGUCGUUCUCUCCGUCAUUGUUUCCGCAGAGUCCGCAGAGUUGGCUCUUGGAAGAAACAGAUGGAACGUUGGUCUUGAUGGUGUAUCCGUCGAAACGGACUUCUCCUUGUGGAAGACGGAUGACAAUCAGUUCUUCCUCACGACGGACAACCUUGACGAUGAGUUCAUCAGAGUUCUUGUUCAUCUUCUUGGAGAGAACAGCGAAAGUUGGUUGCUCAGAGCAGUCCUUCGCAACAAGGGAGAAGCAGGUGGUGAGUGGGGCACGGUAGAUGACGUUGUCAAAGGUGGAAAUCUCGGAUCGAUCAACCUUGCAGGAAGCUCCGGUCUUUUCCCAGACUUGUUGGUACAUGGCACGGCGAGCGAUGGUUGGAAGGAAGACACGUGGGAUACGGACAUUCUUGAGUUCGACUUGUUGUUGUGGAGUUUGGAUGGUCAUGUUGAUGUAUUGGCGGGAAAGUGGCUCAACGGUGAGUUGAAGAACAGCACGACGUUCCUCAUUCUCGACACGCUUCUCGGAAACAGUCCAGAAAUUGUAAGCCUUGAUGAGGUCGAAGAGACGGGAGAAGGUGUGUUCAGCUUCUUGGGUGAGCUUGUACUCGGAGACAACAUUGAUUUGGUUGAGACGAGCAGCCUUGAUCAAAAGUUCGUAUUCUGGGAUUCCGUUGAACUCGCGUUCCAUGUUGCGGACAGCAAGUUGAACCUCACGGUGUGGUUGCUCACGGAGUUGACGGAGGGAAGAUGGCAUUUGUGGGCGGACAGCAAGAAGUUCGGUGUGAAGAGUCCAUUCCUUGGUCUCCUCGGCAACUGGGGAACGACGGCAGUCCAUCUCAAUCUUGCACAUGCGGACGUAUUGGUCGCAGACAGUGCGGAGUUCGUGGUUCCAGUACAUUUGUUGUGGGGCCUCGAAUUUCAUGGAGAUGAGGUUCUUGUAUCCUUGUUCAGAUUGGAUCUCACGGAUCAUCUUGUUGAAAUAUUGACGACGGUUCUCAGAUUCAUUGUUCUCCAUAUCAAAUUCCUUUUCGAAGAUCUUGUCGAAUUUGAUCUCAGAAAGAUCAGUCUUCUCAAAGUUUCCGAUAGUGAAACGGGCAACAAACUCAGCUGGGCGGUUCUUGUUCUCAAGAGUGUAUUCGAAGUCUUGCUCAGUCAUAAGAACCUUUGGAAGGGACCAUUGAGAGAGGACAUUUCCUUGGGCGUUGAUCUUGAGUCCGAGAACUUCGUAUUCACGGUUAAUCUCUUCGGAAGCCAAUUGGUAUUGUGGGUGAGAAAUAGUCUUCUCCUCGGCUUCAGUGUACUCAGUUUCUUGAUUUUUUUGCACACGAAUGAAAGCGACUGGGCGAGUGUGAACGGCAACAGUGGUCUUCUUGUUUUCUGGGACAACGAACUUGUGGGUGAUCUCGAAGGUGUUCUUCUUGAGCUCAGCAUUCAACUCAAGUCUCAAUGGAGUGUGAACACGGGCGGAUUGAAGAGAUUUGGCUCCAAUUUCGAAAAUUGGGGUCCAGAAGCGCAUCUCAGUGAUGUGGGUAGAGGCGACAGAUGGAACAACGUCGAAGUCAUUGUUCAAAAGGGUAAGAACAGACUUGAUAUCGAAUUCUCCGUUUCUGACGUACUUCUCGAGAAGGUUGUCAAUGGUCUCCAUGUCAAGUGGAAGAACAACAAAGUCCAUAUCCUUGUAGCGGAGAUAGAAGACAGCGUGAGCAGAUUGUUCAUCGGUACGUUGGACACGUGGGCGGAUGUUCAUCUUCUUGACGAUCUCCUGGAGCAUCUGGAUUCCGGAUUGAACACGACGGGAACGGAGUUCAUCGGAUUGUUUUCCGUAGAGGGAAAAUUGGAAGAUUGGGAGCUGGGCGUAGGUGGAGAGAAUUUGUUCUUGUGGUUGGUAACGGGUGAAGAGAAGAAUCUUGGAGCAACGGACAGUCAAUGGUUGAGUGCAUGGGUUGGUGGAUCUAGCGAAUUGACGGAUGACGUUGUAGGUGAAAGAAGCAACGUGUUGGUUGGAUUCCUUCUCCAUUUGAGAAACGAUGUGAGCAAGAACUGGUUCCUCUGGGAGAGUUUCCAUCAGUCUCCAGAGGGCAGCCAUACGGAGUUGUGGCUUGUUUUGACGGUUCUUGUAGACUGGAAGGAGAACUUUCUGGAUCUUGCGUGGCAUAACAUCCUUGAGAAGACGGAGGGCUUCGACGGCUUCUGUGCGGAUAGCAAGUGGUUGACGUGGGUCUUGGAUGAGUUGGACGAGCUCGUUGACGGACAUGUCGAUUCCAGCGUUUCCAAGAGUCUUGAGAGCAAGAACCUUCUCGUAAGUGGAUUCAGCACUGCGGAAGUGUUGCAUGAAGACGCGGACGUACUUCUCCUUGAGUUGACGGGUAGCUGGACGAGCCAAUGGAAGAUCUUGAGUCUUGGAAGCGAAUCCGCGGACAACGGAUCCGGCGGCAAGCCAAGCAGAUUGACGAAGUGGCUCGUAUCCCUCAGCAAGUGGAGACUGGGCGAGUUCGAUGAGAAGAUCGGCGAUGUGCUCACUGGAGAAGAGGGUUUCUUGGAUUGA